AUGAUAGAGGAACAAACAAAUGAAAAUUUAAAUCCAACUUCUCUAAGCAAGCUCGAUGUUCUGGCAGAAUUAGCGUCGAGUCAAAAGCCGAUUGUGAAUGACACAUCGAUCAAAGAAGAAUUGGAAGUGUCCAUAGAUGAAACAAAUCUCUCUCUCUCAACCUCAUCAUUGAAUUCAAGUAUUAAAAGUGAAGAGACAAUACCAACAAAUGAAAACACUAAUUCGACCUUAUCAUCAACAUUCGUUCUUAAAACAACACAAAAAGGUAAACCAUGUAUUCUGCUCGAUGGUCAUAGAUACAAACAUCGACGAGAUAAUCUCGAUGGCUCAAUGUCAUGGACAUGCACCCAUGAACUAUGCAGUGCAAGUGUACGAACAUUUGGCGAACGAGUUGUUCGUCGCAACGAUGAUCAUUUACAUGGACGCACCUUACGCGUUGAUCCUCAGCAAGAAUUCCUGUCACGUUUGAAAAAACGUGCUGCUGAAGAUACAGUCACUAUCCCGAGAAUUUACGAUGAAGAAUUAGCACGAUCUGUUGAUGAACAUUCACCUGAAAUACGUUCCCAUUUGCCAUCUUUCUCUUCGGUUAAGUCAACAUUGUAUCGUCAUCGACAACGCGAUUCACCACCAAAUACCAGCGGAUGGAAUACUUUGCCACCAAAGAAACGUCCGUUAACAAUCAAUGUUGAUUGUUUACCAACACCGAGUCCAUCUUCUUGUUGUUCGUCAUCGUCCUAUUCGUGUGUAUCAUCUGAAAGUCAAAAUGGUGAAAAACGAAGAAAAUAUUCUUCAUCUUCAUCAACAACAUGUCCGGAAGAGAAUGCAAAUCCUUCAACAACGCAUGCGAAUAACAAUCCCAGUGCACAAAUGGCUGUGGCAGCUGCAUUCGAAUCUCAACAAUUGAUUGCUAAAAUUCUUUCCAAUCCAUAUAAUCUUCUCUUGGCACAAAACUAUUUUGCGAAAUAUUCAACAACAUUUGCCGAUAAUCCACAUUUUAUGCUUAUGCAUGCUUAUGCGUUAGUAUUAUCUAGUCUUCAACAGCAACAACAACAACAACAACUCAUGUGA